AUGCACUUGCGUCCUUGUUGGAUUCCUAAAACAGGUUCAACGACAUUAACAAAUGCUUUGAUGUAUGAUUUAUGUCAUCAAAAUGGAUUUCAUGUAUUGCAUUUAAAUAUUACUCGAAAUCGUUAUAUGAUGAAUUUAGCUGAUCAACGACGAUUCGUUUAUAAUAUAACGAGUUGGACAGAAAUCUUACCAGCUGUAUAUCAUGGUCAUGUUGCUUUUAUUGAUUUCACAAGAUUUGGUUUACCAAAUCCCAUUUAUAUAAAUGUUGUACGCGAACCUCUUGAACGUCUUUUGUCACAUUAUUAUUUCUUGCGUUAUGGAGAUAAUUAUCGGAUUGGUUUGAGGAGAAGUCGUGCUGGAAAUAAUGAGACUUUUGAUAAAUGUAUCAUUCGUAAAGGAAAGGACUGUGACAUGAAGCAAAUGUGGUUACAAAUCCCAUAUUUUUGUGGAAACCACCAUUUUUGUAGUGAAGUUGGAAAUUUUCGUGCCCUUGAGGAAGCGAAAUGGAAUUUAAUUAGACAUUACCUAGUUGUUGGGCUUAAGGAACGAUUGCGAGAAUUCAUUUCUGUGUUGGAGAUACUUCUGCCGAAUUUUUUCGAUGGUGCCUUAAGGCAUUUUGAUUCCUUAGAUGAAAAUCGUUCUCAUCUUCGAUAUACUAUAUCAAAAAUUCCUCCAACCGAGGAAACUCUUUCGAUAGUGCGCUCAAAUGAAAUUUAUCAAAUGGAGCGUGAAUUCUACGACUUUGCUGUAAAUACUUUUGAAAACAUAUUAAAGAGAAUGACAGACGAUAGGGGUCAGGAUAUGCGAGGCCAGCAGUUUCAUUAUGAAAAAAUCAAGUCAUAA